AUGUUGCGAUCAGUGGCGGUCGUACCCUCCAACCCCUUUGAUGAAGAGCCCACUCCGGAGAGAAUAACCAGGAUCUCCGGACCAUUCCAGAAGAUCCGUACCCUCGGCGAGGGAGGUUUUGGAAAAGUGUUCGAGGUCGAACACGGAGAUAUAAGAUUUGCCCUGAAGGUGGCCCCGAAAGACGAGGUGUCCAUGACGGAGCUGAGGAUGGUGAAAGCCAUGAGACACCCAAACGUGGUCCGCCUAUUGGUGGAUUACGUAACCGACGAACGGCUCUAUCUUGGGGUCGAGCUGAUGGAGGGAGACCUGUUGGAACUGGUCCAACGACGGGGACCUCUGCCGGAGGGGGAGUGUUGUGAUAUGUUGGGGCAGGCUUUCGCUGGGCUGGCGGCCUGCCAUGCUCAGCGUAUCCUGCACCGGGAUAUAAAACCGGACAAUUGUCUCCUCCGGGGUCGGCGGGUCUGCAUCGCUGAUUUCGGGCUCGCCUGCCGACUUAAUCAGCGGUUCCCGACCACGUCGCGGCGAGCUGGUACUCCCCCAUUUUGGGCACCGGAGGUCCUGAAAAGGUUGCCAUUCGGACUCCCCUCGGAUGUGUGGGCCAUGGGAGUGACGGCCUUAUACAUGGCAACCGGGAAACUACCCUUCAUGACGCCGAAUGGGGAAAAGAAGGUCAUGAACUUGAUAGGACACUACCGCGGGGAGGAGAUGCUCGAGGUGCCAGAGGGAUUACGCAGCAGCCUGGUGGAACUUCUGAGGGUUGAUCCAGCGCAUCGCCCUUCCGCUGCAUGGGGCGAGAUGACCUUCAGGCAGCUGGCCGUGUCAGCCAAAGAGGGGUCCAAAGAGAUGGCCUCAUCUGAAAGACCGUCAAAAUUUGAGGCCAUUAAGGUGGGAGAGAGCUUUGUAGAAGCCUUUGAGAGGCAACCAAAAGGUGGCUGGACUCCCCGAUUCAGGCAGAGGCUGCUGCGGUUUCGCCCUCCAGGAGUGCGGGGUAGACUCCACCCUAAGUUCGUGUUUCCGAAUGGGAGGACGAAGCGAAUUUGGGUUCCCCAGGAGUAA